CGAGAACAAAAGCGGAAGUAAAUAGUCCCCAUGGCACGAUAGCUUGUGCGAGGGGGAUAAAGUGUGUAAGUCAAGCGUGGACGCGCACUCGCGUUCAGGUCGAAACAGUUCACAACAUUCAGAGUUGGUUGGUCGAACGUUGAAAAACAAAGCAGUAGACUCGCUCCAUGCACACUUCCGUGACAUACGUAGCACGAGAGUUGGGGAAUCGAGCAGCACGCCUGGGGCCUGGAAGCGACCGCGGCUAGCUAGCUAGCUAGCUCACGUAGCUAACGUCCACUCGGCUAAGUUGUUAGCUAACGUCGCGUUCCAGCACCGGCGACGCCGAAGCUCAACCCAAGUGUCUGCUUCCCCUUUGGACGAGUACGCGACAGACACCGCGGUGGAGGGGGAAGUUCGGCUGCAUCUAAAAUGAUCAUUGAAAACCUCGAUGCCUUGAAAACAUGGCUGUCUGAAACCCUCGAGCCCAUCUGUGAUGCAGACCCCUCUGCCCUCGCAAAGUAUGUUGUUGCUCUGGUGAAGAAGGAUAAAAGUGAAAAGGAACUUAAAGCCCUGUGUAUCGACCAGUUGGAUGUAUUUCUACAGAAAGAGACUCAGCCAUUUGUGGAUAAGCUGUUUGAAGCCGUUAACAACAAAUGCUACCUCCCGCCGCCAGAGCAGCCAUCUUCUCUGGGCAAAGUUGAGAAAGAUGAGCACAAAAAAGACGAGACUAAUAGGGAAGAAGAACGAGAGAAGAAGUUUUCUCGGCGAGUGAAUCACAGCCCUCCGCAAUCGAGCUCUCGCUACGGUAGAGAUAUCAGGAGAGGGGAUGACCGCAAGAGAGAUGAUCGCUUCAGGAAGCGAGAAUACGACCGCGUCCCGCCGAGGAGGGACUCAUACCGCGAACGCUACAAUCGCAGGAGAGGUCGCAGUUACAGUCGUAGCCGCAGCCGGAGUUGGAGCAAGGACCGCCUCCGAGACCGCGACAGAGAGAGGGACAGGGACAGGGACAGGGAUCGAGAUCGGAGCAGAAGCCGGACGCACAGCAGAACUCGGUCAGCAAGCAGGAGUAGAGAGCGAGAUUCUGGAAAAUUAAAGUUCGACCAUGAACGAGUGGAAAGGCCAGAGAGUGGUGACGGCUACAACGCAGCACCCCAGGUCUCCACUGCAACCACUUCGCACUUCCCCGUGCCAACACUGAGCAGCACCAUCACGGUCAUCGCCCCCACACAUCACCACAGCAACAACACCACUGAGAGUUGGUCAGACUUCCGGCCUGAACAACCAUUGGACCUGGGCCCUUUUAGCAGAGGACCCCCCCUCCAACCGAGAAAACGAUGCCGGGACUAUGAUGAAAAGGGCUUCUGCAUGCGUGGGGACAUGUGUCCUUUUGACCAUGGAAGUGACCCAGUUGUAGUGGAGGAUGUCAAUUUGCCCAAUAUAUUGCCCUUCCAACCUCCGCCGCUCCCCGGUGUGGAUGCCCCACCACCACCAGGGCUCCCACCACCACCACCGCUCAUGAACCCCCCACCUGUAAACCUGCGGCCCCCUGUGCCCCCACCAGGUGCCCUUCCACCCAGCCUACCACCUGUUGCAGGUCCCCCUCCUCCACUUCCUCCACUGCAACCGUCGGGCAUGGACGCGCCUCCUAAUUCCAUCACAAGCUCUGUCCCCACCAUUGUCACCUCUGGGAUGCGUCCCUCGCAUCCUCAGGCCUCAGUGCCACUCUUCAACCCUGACAACUACGAGACAGAUAUGUACAAUCCAGAGGCUCCCAGCAUCACCAAUACCUCCAGGCCAAUCUACCGCCAUCGGGUCAAUGCCCAGAGACCCAACCUGAUUGGACUCACAAUGGGGGACAUGGACCAUCCACCGAGAGACAAGAUUCCCAACAACUGCAUGCGGAUUGUUAUGGAAUCUGAUCCGAGGAAGAGACCACCUAUCUCCCACGAUGGAGGCCUCCCCCCCAAGAAACCUUGGUUUGACAAACCCAACUUUAACAAACCCAACCACCAGGGCUUCCACAAAAGACCUCCGUUCUCUCCCAGCACCAAGCUGCUGGUCCGGCAAAUCCCCCCCGAUCUCAACAACAUCAGCAAACUCAAUGAACACUUCAGCAAAUUUGGCACCAUCGUCAACCUGCAGGUGGCCUACCAGAAUGACCCAGAGGGGGCCCUGAUCCAGUUUGCCUCUCCAGAUGAGGCCAGGCGAGCUAUACAAAGCACAGAGGCUGUUCUCAACAACCGCUUCGUCAGGGUGCACUGGUUCCGUGAUGAUGGGAGGGACGGACCGGGCCAAGGCCAGUCUCAGUCGCAGCAGCAGCAGCAGCAACCACAGCCAACGAUGCUGCCCUCAGCCACUUCUCUGAAGCAGUCAGUCAAAGAUCGCCUCGGACCAAUGUUACCUGCAAACUCCGAGCCCUCCCAAGAUUCCAGUGUAGCCUCUCAGAAUCCGUCUAAAGUGUCAGUGAAGGACCGUUUGGGAUUUUCUUCCAAACCAGCAUCUCCUGUUGAAAAAGUGUUUUCAACGUCUAUGGGCCUCACAAAAACGGUGUACAACCCCGUCGCCCUGAAGGCAGCCCAGAAAACCUCAGAAGAAGCCCUGAAGAAGAAACAGGAAGCCCUAAGACUACAGCAGGAUGUUCGGAAGAAGAAACAGGAAAUAUUGGAGAAGCACAUUGAGACGCAGAAGCUCCUGAUAUCCAAACUUGAGAAGAACAAAGCAAUGAAGGCAGAGGACAAAGCCAAGAUCAUGGAAACGUUGGGCAUGUUAACCAAGAGCAUCACCAAACUCCAAGAGGAGAUCAAGGGAAUCUCGAGCGGAAACAACCCGCAACUACGCGCAGCUAAGAGCAAGGCCCAGGCACAGAAGGAUCUGCUGGAUGCAGAGCUGGACCUGUACAAGAAGACUCAGGCUGGAGAGGACACGGCUUUGUUGAAGAUCAAGUACACCCAGAUGCAAAUCGAGGCAGCUAAAAGAGGACUCCUGUCACCAGGACGAGGCCGCGGGGUCCAAGCUCGGGGCCGCGGUGCCCCCAGGGCCCGGGGGCGGGGCUCCAGAGGACGGGGAAGAGGCGCGUCGCUGCACGCCGUCGUGGACCAUCGGCCGCGAGCACUGGCGAUUUCUGGUUUCACCGAAGCGAACUGUGUGGACUUGCUGCCACACUUUGCUCAAUUUGGAGAGAUCGAAGAUUGCCAGAUGGAUGAAAACAACCUGUCUGCAGUCAUCACAUUCAGGACGAGAACAGAGGCUGAGCAGGCGGCUAUUCACGGAGUGAGAUUCAACAACCAGACUUUACGCCUGUCGUGGCAUAAGCCUGUCAUGGCCCUCAGUGCUGCGGAUGCAGACGAGGCAGAACCUGAAGAGGAUGAGUACCCAGAAGAGUCACUGAGUGACGACGCGCUGUUGCAGGAUGACGAUGAGGAAGAGGAUGACAAUGAGCCACGCUCCUGGCGCAGAUGAAGAUCAGCGGGAUGCUCGUCCCUCGGUUGCCCCGGUGUGGAAAACAAGCAACAAUCCAGCAACUUCAUAGUUCAAUGCCUGUUUAGAAAUCAACAAGGCACAUUUCAUUUUUGGCUAGACUUGUUUGUUUUUUUCUCCUCACAAAUAUGUAACUUGCAAAAGAACAAAUGUGUGAGUUUGAUUAAUUUUAAUGUAUGUACCAGAUGCAACAAUGGUGAAUUUUUUAAUGCUCUUAAUAUAGAAGUAGAUUUUUUUCUUUCUUUCUUAAUUUUGGUUCACAAAACACAAAUAGUUUGUCUGGACACGUGACACCUGAUCAUCUUUGUUGAGCUCUCAGUUGAAGAAAACAAAACCAAUUGUAAUUUAACUGUGUGACAGACGGUAGCUUUUUGCAGAAAAGUAUUAGCGUUGACUUAAAUGCUCAUGUGUAAAUAUUUUAUGUCUGGGUUUAAAUGAUUUGUAUGAACGCUUGGCUUCUCAGUUCUUGGCUUUACUUUGGAUUGUACAAAAAAAUAAAGAAUUGAAAUGGUCUGAAAAUAUCCUGCCAAAAAACAACAAAAAAAGAAAAGAAAAGAUCCAAAAAAAGAAAAUGUGGCAGUGGAAAAAAAAAACAGACUCUAAAAAGAGCUGAAAAAGACCAUUUCAAAGAAAACAAAAAAAACCUUCCUCUUCCCCUAAAGAGCAAACAUUCCUGCAAAAUUCCUACUUUCAAUAAUUUUUAUUUUGAAUCUUGGAUUGGUAAGGUAACUCAAUAUCUAUUACUCAAUUUCACGCCAAGGUAAGAACAUGACACAAUCUAUAACACAAUCACUAACUGAAGAUGAUUUCAGUUAUUGUCUGGCCUAAGAAUUCUGUAUUUGCAUGGCUCAGCAGUGAUAUAUAAUAUGACAUUUGUUAUGUUAAUACCUGUAGUUCAACAGUAACUAAUGACAUUUGUCUUCUGUUUUUUGUUGCAGGAGCAGUUUCCAGCUACAACUCUGGUUUCUCCACGAGGCUUCAGCAUUUCUCAAUGUGAACUUGUAUUUACUGUAUGUUCGGUGCCAAACUAAGUGCUAUUGUAUUAAAAUAUAAUGUUUUU